CAACUGAACGUUAAAACACUUGUCAUGUUUCAUUCCAGAUUACCAGAGUUUUAUGUAAAGAUGAGGAAAUCAGAGAUUUCUGAUUUCCAUCUGGAGGCAGAUGACAGAACGGAGGAGGAGAAACGGAAGCAAAAGGCACCAAAGAAGGAUGGCUUGGCUUCUGCUUUAGGGUUGAGCAAGGAGGCCCCUAAGGCCCCCAUGGACACCGACUACCAGGAGGAAAUGGAGCCAGUCAAGCCUCAAAUCCGAUUCAAUCUCAACUUUGACAAAGAGAUUGAAGGUGAGGCAUCACAGCCAAAGAGAGACAGCUCCACUUUCACCAUUGAGCGUCUGUUUGAAGCAGUGGCCAGCAGGGACAUCAACAAACUGGACGGCCUAUACCAGUACUUGAAUCAGAACAUGAAGAAACUCUCUGACUCUCUGUAUCAGUCGUACGGUAAAACCGCCCUGAUGAAAGCUCUGCUGCACCUCAAAGAUGGCAAGAACGAAACCAUAGAGGAGCUGGUCAGCGUUUCAGAGAGGAUCGGCGACAUUAAAGAGUUUGUGAACGCUGCAUUCACUAAUAGCUACUAUAAAGGUCAAACUGCUCUACAUAUAGCCAUUGAGAGGAGGAGUAUGUCCUAUGUAAAGCUGCUGGUCAGCAAAGGUGCAGAUGUUCAUGCCAAAGCCUGUGGGAAGUUUUUUCAGCCUCAUGAUGGUCCCAACUUCUACUUUGGUGAGCUGCCCCUGUCUCUAGCAGCCUGCACAAACCAGCCUGACAUAGUGAGCUACUUAAUGGAGAAUGAGUUUCCAGCAGACGCCAAGAUGGCUGACUCUCACGGCAACACAGUGCUGCACGCCCUGGUGUUGGUGGCCGAUAACUCGAAGGAGAACACAGAAUUCGUAACGGCCAUUUAUGAUCGCAUCCUAAAGACCAACGCCCGACUGCAUCCCAAGAUAAAGCUGGAGGAGAAAGAGAACAACGAUGGACUCACACCUCUCAAACUGGCUGCCAAGAAUGGCAAGAUUGGGGUAUUUUCUCACAUCCUACAAAGGGAAUUCCAGGUGAAUCACUUCAAGCACUUGUCCCGUAAAUUCACUGAGUGGGCUUAUGGACCCGUCCACAGUUCUCUGUAUGACCUGACCUCUUUGGACACAAACGAGAACAACUCUGUUCUGGAAAUUCUAAUCUAUGGCAGUGAAAUUCCCAACCGCCACGAGAUGCUGGAGAAGGAGCCGCUCAGCUGCCUCCUGGAGGAUAAGUGGAAGAAGUUUGGACGUGGAAUGUUCUUUUUCAACUUCCUGGUCUACCUUGUGUACCUGAUCAUCUUCACUGUUGUAGCCUACAAUAAAAAAGAUGCUACACAGCUCCCGUUUAUCCCUGAUGACGCCUGGGAUUACCUGUAUGUUUCAGGCCAGCUGCUGACUUUACUAGCAAACUGCUAUUUCUUUGUCACAGGGAUUCUAGGCAUGACGAGGAAGCGGCCAAAGCUGCAGACACUGCUGAUAGAUGGAUAUUAUGAGAUUCUCUUCUUCGCGCAGGGCUUACUGUUCCUGGUCGCCACUGUUCUGUACUGGGCGGGGAGGAAGGAGUACCUGGGCUUCCUGGUGAUCUGUCUGACUCUCAGCUGGGUGAACGUGCUGUACUACGCCAGGGGCAACAAACACAUGGGCAUCUACAGUAUCAUGAUACAGAUGAUGAUUGUCAGCGAUAUCUUGCGCUUCUUUUUUGUUUACAUCGUUUUCCUCUUGGGAUUUUCAGCAGCCAUGGUCACACUGCUUAUGGAACCUCCACUCAAAAACCAAACAAAACAAGGGAGUCCAAGUCCUUCUGAUGCCCCCACAACUGGUAAAAAAUGUGUCACAGCUGGCUACGAAAGCGUCCCUCAUACCAUCCUGCAGCUCUUCAAGUUCACCAUAGGCAUGGGCGACAUCGAGUUCAUCCAGGCUCACCAGUACAUGGAGGUCUUCUACCUCCUCCUUAUUGGCUACGUUGUUCUUUCCUACAUCCUGCUGCUCAACAUGCUCAUAGCCUUAAUGAACAACACUGUGAAAAAGACCACUAUGGAGAGCGCUGGCAUUUGGAGGGUGCAGAGGGCUCUCACAAUCCUGGAGAUGGAGAAGCGGCUACUCUGCUGUCUGAAGAAAAGUUUUCGCUCUGGGGUGGAGAUUAAACUCGGCACCGCUUUUGGAGACGAUCGUCGAAGGUGUUUCAGGGUCGAGGAAAUGAACUGGAAUAAAUGGAGCACCAACCUGGUCAACAUCAGUGAGGAUCCAGGAUGCUGUGAUCGGAGCCAGCAGUCUGAUUUGGAUAGCCCUUCCAGAGGAUUUACCAUAGGUUUGAAAAACUAUUCUUUUCUCCAAUACUGA